GGGGGCCUGGAACGGAGGGAGGUUGUAGCUCCGCAAAGCGGCCAAAGGCGGCAGAGGCGAGCUGCCGUGUGGGGCUGGGAAAGGCAUCGUGCAGACCUCCUGCUUUGCGCCAGUUAAAGGGAAAGCCAGCGAGAGGGAGGCUGCGGCUGCUUCCCCAUCCCAGGCAGAGGCGGAGCAGCGGGGAGCCCGGGUGUCUGGAAGGGACCCAGUGGUUAUGGCAGGGACUGUGAGGAGAACCACUCGCCAGGACAGAGAGGCAGUGACUGAGGGGAGGAAAAAAAAGAAAAGCGACAUUCAGGAGGAGCAUUCAGGAGGAGCAAAUUGAUUUUGAACAGGAUCACGUCUGAAUUAAAUGGCUGAUAAACAGAUCAGUUUGCCUGCCAAGCUGAUCAAUGGAGGGAUAGCUGGGCUGAUUGGAGUCACUUGUGUAUUUCCCAUUGACUUGGCGAAAACUCGCCUGCAGAACCAGCAAAAUGGCCAGCGGAUGUACACCAGCAUGUCUGACUGCCUUAUUAAGACAAUCCGGUCGGAAGGUUACUUCGGCAUGUACAGAGGGGCUGCGGUGAACCUGACUCUAGUGACACCAGAAAAGGCCAUCAAGCUAGCGGCCAAUGACUUCUUCCGGUAUCAUCUCUCCAAAGAUGGGAAGAAGCUGACGCUGCUGAGGGAGAUGCUGGCCGGCUGCGGGGCAGGCACCUGCCAGGUGAUUGUCACCACUCCCAUGGAGAUGCUCAAAAUCCAGCUGCAGGAUGCAGGCCGAAUUGCGGCCCAGAAGAAGCUAAUGGCAGCACAAGCCCAGCUCUCCACCACCACCAGCGCUGGGGCAGCAGAGUCGGUAGUGGAGACACGGACCACGGCGACGCAAAUCACCAGGGAACUACUUCGGAGCAAAGGCAUCAUGGGGCUUUACAAGGGCCUUGGGGCCACGCUGCUAAGAGACGUCCCGUUUUCCAUUGUUUACUUCCCGUUGUUUGCGAACCUGAACAAGCUGGGCCAGAAGAGCCCUGAUGUCAAGGCCCCAUUCUACGUGUCCUUCCUAUCCGGGUGCCUGGCGGGCAGCACGGCAGCAGUGGCUGUCAAUCCGUGUGAUGUAAUCAAGACAAGGCUGCAGUCCUUGAAAAGGGGAGUGAAUGAGGACACAUACUCAGGAAUCCUAGACUGCACCAGGAAAAUCUGGCAGAAGGAAGGGCCCCUGGCCUUCCUGAAGGGGGCGUACUGCAGAGCCUUGGUCAUCGCCCCGCUCUUCGGCAUCGCGCAAGUCGUCUAUUUCAUAGGCAUCGCGGAGUUCUUCCUCGACAUGCUUCCGAAGCGCCGGGAUUAACCUUUGCACGCACUCGCUGCUGGUCAGAAUUCAUCCAGCAUUGGUUGUCGUCGUCAAUGGUGUCAGAGCAACAGCACAAAGGGUUAAAGCAGCAACCUUGAGGGUGAAGGUCGUCUCCAAACAAUAAGUCCCUUCCACCUCUUGAUACGUCCCCAUCUUAUCCGGCCCUCCAGGACAAUACUUAAUUAUGCAUAUCUAUUAUUUUUAAUUGUCAUUCUUAAAGACACUGGUUAGCACAGACUGGGCUCACAGACCUCGGACCUUCUCCCAGCAAUGGGAGGGGAAGAAACCGCCCACAGCCUCUGAAUUACCAGGCAGUCAAGAAAGGCGCAAAAGAACCAAACUCUGUUUCCCCAGUCCCUCUUCUGGUGUGCCAAGCUUCUGGGAAGACAAGGCCCCAGCACAACUUCUAAAGGGGGACCAUAUUGUCAAUAGAGGAGGCAGGUAGAUGCCAGAAUCAAAAAAUUUCUUUGUAAGGACUUGUCCUGAAACCCCCCUAAAAUCAGCUGGACUUGGAUGAACUUCUUGGAGAUCAGAGGAGGAGAAAGGGUUUAUUUUUUUUUAAUCAAAGGGACUUCCUUGCUAAAUAGGGGCUGUGGGGCCUGUGUGGGGGGAGAUGUACACUGCACGUCCUUGCAACGUGUCUGCUCUGUAAGAGUAUGUCCGUGGGAUCACGUGUGAAUGUCUUCAGGUGCAUCUGUGUUUAGCUAUGAGCUACAGGCGGGAGAGGGGAGAAUUUAACGACAUGGGAUCAACUUUUUAUUUAUGCAGGAAAAACAAAUCCAAUUACAUUCCUUAAAUCAGCCCAGCUCUGACGUGUCAAACAGUUGCUCUACCCAGAGUACUGGUUGUGUGUGUCUUUGGACCCGUCUCUAAGAUGUGUUUCUCUCCUUUCCUGUGGGUGUUUGCACUCGCAAAGGGUCACUUAAAAAGAGGUCUCAGAGUCAGGCUUUUUGGUUAAAGAUCAGGAUAGGCCACAUCCUCAGCUGGUGUAAAUGGUUGUAGAUCCUUUGAAGUCCGUGAGCUCUAUUGAAAUCAGUGGGACUAUGAUAGUUUGCACCAACUGAGUAUCUGGCUCAUUUUACUUGGGGAUUGGGUUGCCAGCUUCUUUAUCCAGACCAAAACUGGGAUGUGGAAAAGAAAUGAGGCCAGGGCAUCUGUUUUAUUUCCACAGGGACCUAAUUCCAUACGACUUACCUCUCAAAGGCCAGGUGUGGUUUUGUUAUGAUGUUUUCUCUGAAGUACAUACAGAGAGGCAGUAUGACUCCAAUCGGAUCCGCGCCAGCAGAAAAGCCUGCCUAUGGGCGUCCAGUUGUGGGAUUGAGGACGAUAGCCAGUCUUCCUGCUCACUUUGGGGAGGUAGUCAUUGACUGGAUAACAGGAUGGCAACCCUAGACACGUACGAAUUCAGUUAAAGGGACACUAAUGUUUUUAAAAAACCCAAACCUUUUCUUUAUCUGUCUUCACAAUCUCACUUUGAAUUGUCACAAGAGAAAGAACUGAAAAUCUGGUGUGCUUUAUUAUUGCACGUCAUUCCAUUUCAACAUGUACACUAAACUGGUUUCACUUUUAGUUUAUAGUCAGCUUCACUUUCUGCUUCCCCAUCACUAACAUCAUGGUGAUGUUUGUUUCCGACACAACAGUUGAAGAAUAACUUUAAAAAAACAGUUUCCACUUGAAAUCUGUGUAUUUCAACCCUUUUUAUUUAGGUUUUUAAAAACUUUUUCUUUGUAAAACCUAAAUUGGAGGCCAGUUGUCCUGAUCAUGCACCUUUAAUGUAGAGGAGGUUGUUACACAGCUAAGUUCUCACUUUUGCUUAUGUGAAACAUAAAAAAUGAUUUUAUCCUACACAGAUGGGACUCUGCAUAGAUGAUCUCUCGAUCAUAGAAUCAUAGAAUAUCAGGGUUGGAAGGGACCUCAGGAGGUCAUCUAGUCCAACCCCCUGCUCAAAGCAGGACCAAUCCCCAAUUAAAUCAUCCCAGCCAGGGCUUUGUCAAGCCUGACCUUAAAAACUUCUAAGGAAGGAGAUUCUACCACCUCCCUAGGUAACACAUUCCAGUGUUUCACCACCCUCUUAGUGAAAAAGUUUUUCCUAAUAUCCAACCUAAACCUCCCCCACUGCAACUUGAGACCAUUACUUCUUGUCCUGUCCUCUUCUACCACUGAGAAUAGUCUAGAACCAUCCUCUCUGGAACCACCUCUCAGGUAGUUGAAAGCAGCUAUCAAAUCCCCCCUCAUUCUUCUCUUCUGCAGACUAAACAAUCCCAGUUCCCUCAGCCUCUCCUCAUAAGUCAUGUGUUCCAGACCCCUAAUCAUUUUUGUUGCCCUUCGCUGGACUCUCUCCAAUUUAUCCACAUCCUUCUUGUAGUGCGGGGCCCAAAACUGGACACAGUACUCCAGAUGAGGCCUCACCAAUGUCGAAUAGAGGGGAACGAUCACGUCCCUCGAUCUGCUCGCUAUGCCCCUACUUAUACAUCCCAAAAUGCCAUUGGCCUUGGCAACAAGGGCACACUGCUGACUCAUAUCCAGCUUCUUGUCCACUGUCACCCCUAGGUCCUUUUCCGCAGAACUGCUGCCUAGCCAUUCGGUCCCUAGUCUGUAGCUGUGCAUUGGGUUCUUCCAUCCUAAGUGCAGGACCCUGCACUUAUCCUUGUUGAACCUCAUCAGAUUUCUUUUGGCCCAAUCCUCCAAUUUGUCUAGGUCCCUCUGUAUCCUAUCCCUGCCCUCCAGCGUAUCUACCACUCCUCCUAGUUUAGUAUCAUCCACAAAUUUGCUGAGAGUGCAAUCCACACCAUCCUCCAGAUCAUUUAUGAAGAUAUUGAACAAAACCGGCCCCAGGACUGACCCCUGGGGCACUCCACUUGACACCGGCUGCCAACUAGACAUGGAGUCAUUGAUCACUACCUGUUGAGCCCGACAAUCUAGCCAACUUUCUACCCACCUUAUAGUGCAUUCAUCCAGCCCAUACUUCCUUAACUUGCUGACAAGAAUACUGUGGGAGACCGUGUCAAAAGCUUUGCUAAAGUCAAGAAACGAUACAUCCACUGCUUUCCCUUCAUCCACAGAACCAGUAAUCUCAUCAUAGAAGGCGAUUAGAUUAGUCAGGCAUGACCUUCCCUUGGUGAAUCCAUGCUGACUGUUCCUGAUCACUUUCCUCUCAUGUAAGUGCUUCAGGAUUGAUUCUUUGAGGACCUGCUCCAUGAUUUUUCCGGGGACUGAGGUGAGGCUGACUGGCCUGUAGUUCCCAGGAUCCUCCUCCUUCCCUUUUUUAAAGAUUGGCACUACAUUAGCCUUUUUCCAGUCAUCUGGGACUUCCCCCGUUCGCCACAAGUUUUCAAAGAUAUGGCCAAUGGCUCUGCAAUCACGGCCGCCAAUUCCUUUAGCACUCUCGGAUGCAACUCGUCCGGCCCCAUGGACUUGUGCACGUUCAGCUUUUCUAAAUAGUCCCUAACCACCUCUUUCUCCACAGAGGGCUGGCCAUCUACUCCCCAUGCUGUGAUGCCCAGCGCAGCAGUCUGGGAGCUGACCUUGUUAGUGAAGACAGAGGCAAAAAAAGCAUUGAGUACAUUAGCUUUUUCCACAUCCUCUGUCACUAGGUUGCCUCCCUCAUUCAGUAAGGGGCCCACACUUUCCCUGGCUUUCUUCUUGUUGCCAACAUACCUGAAGAAACCCUUCUUGUUACUCUUGACAUCUCUUGCUAGCUGCAGCUCCAGGUGCGAUUUGGCCCUCCUGAUUUCAUUCCUACAUGCCCGAGCAAUAUUUUUAUACUCUUCCCUGGUCAUAUGUCCACUCCCACUUCUUGUAAGCUUCUUUUUUAUGUUUAAGAUCCGCUAGGAUUUCGCCGUUAAGCCAAGCUGGUCGCCUGCCAUAUUUACUAUUCUUUCGACUCAUCGGGAUGGUUUGUCCCUGUAACCUCAACAGGGAUUCCUUGAAAUACAGCCAGCUCUCCUGGACUUCUUUCCCCUUCAUGUUAGUCCCCCAGGGGAUCCUGGCCAUCCGUUCCCUGAGGGAGUCGAAGUCUGCUUUCCUGAAGUCCAGGGUCCGUAUCCUGCUGCUUACCUUUCUUCCCUGUGUCAGGAUCCUGAACUCAACCAACUCAUGGUCACUGCCUCCCAGAUUCCCAUCCACUUUUGCUUCCCCCACUAAUUCUUCCCGGUUUGUGAGCAGCAGGUCAAGAAAAGCCCCCCCCCGUUGGCUCCUCUAGCACUUGCACCAGGAAAUUGUCCCCUACGCUUUCCAAAAACUUCCUGGAUUGUCUAUGCACUGCUGUAUUGCUCUCCCAGCAGAUAUCAGGAAAAUUAAAGUCACCCAUGAGAACCAGGGCAUGCGAUCUAGUAGCUUCUGCGAGUUGCCGGAAGAAAGCCCCAUCCACCUCAUCCCCCUGGUCCGGUGGUCUAUAGCAGACUCCCACCACUACAUCACUGUUGUUGCUCACACUUCUAAACUUAAUCCAGAGACACUCAUAACAAUCUUUUGUGAUCAGUACUAUGAUGCUUGUGUCACUCUGGAUUUUUUCUGAGUUGCCCUUAAAGAAAAGUUUGGGGUUUUUUUUUUCCGUAGGGUGACUCUUCUCCUGCUUUAUGAUGUAUUAUGAAGGCCUGAAAGGUGUACAGCUUUUUUAAGGAUUUUUUUUUUUGUUUUCUGCUUGGAUUUUGCAUGUAUGGUUCAGAUCCUCACCUAGGCUGGAAGAGUGAUGGUCGGAGAGCUAAUGAAAUGGUGAUGCCCCACGAGAUUGAAAGUUGAACAGUUGAUAGGGAAAGGAUUUCUAGUCACUACUUCAAACGUUUUUCUUUGUGUUAACACCUAUUUAAUGUUAAGGACUAACUUACAUUUUGGAGGAAGGAAGGUUUUGUUUAACCCCAUCCGUUAUGGUAUGACUAGACUAAACAUCCCACGAGCCUCCCAGGCGUUAUCCAGCAAGACCCGGGAAACCCAAGAGCUGACAUGCCUGAUAUUUAAAAGGGAAAGAGCAAGUGACCACCUCCUCCUCUUUAGAAACAGGCCUUCUCUAUACCUCAUAAAGAAUCCAGAAGGAACACUAGCCUGAUUUUUGAACAGUCCUUUGCAGCUUACUUUGGUCUUUGCAUUUCUUGGCAAAAUUUUAAUGUUCAAAUGGUAAACGCCCCUCCCCCCUCCCAGCCAAUAUAUUAUUGUGUAUGAGACUUACAAUUUGGGGGUAAAAAUACAUUGCCAGUAAGUGUGUCAGAAUGAAAUGAAGAGUUCAGUGGCAAAUACAGGUUUGAAGCAGCCUCUCCCCCUAUAAUAUGCUGCUCUUACUAUGGAUAUCUGUGCUCCCAGCUGUCCGCUUUGGUCCUAUUUGGUUUCACACUGUGAUGUGGACCAGCAAUGUUGUUGCCAUGGUUAUUGGGCACAGAAAAGGGCCUGGAAAAUGCUGCUUUAUGGCCUCAGACAAAGAUCCAUAGAAAAUAUCCCUCCCUUUCUCCCAUCUCCCCCCAGCUUUUAUUUUUAAAUUUCAGCAGAAAGAUUGCACACAGUGAGCCCUAUGUGGUGUGUUAGCGCGGGGCCUUUGUGAGCUGAAGUUCUUGGUGCUGACGAACUCGCGCUGCUCCAGCCCAGUGAAGAGUCCUCUUUAGUGCCAAGAGACUUAAGGACUGACCUGUAAAAUUCUGAAGUCAGGAGCAAUUGCAUCUGCCUGAGAUCUGGAAUUUCAAAGGGGGGGGCCCUGGCGUUGCUGCAGUAACCGACUCGAGCUGGUGGCCCUGCAACCCAUCAAGUCAGAAACUCUUACAUUAGCAUUUAAUAACCCCUCUCCCCCUCCCUCCCUCCAGGGCUAAGCCCUGUCCCUUCCUGGCAGGGCUGCCUGGCGCCACCCAUGAAAGCUAGCAGGUGCCUCCUUUUGUUCUGAUCAUUCCAGCCAUGGAGGGGAGCCAUCAGCAUUCGUAUCGGCAGCUGUAGCCCACUGAUUAAAGUGGAAUCAGCUGCACUGGUGUAGAUUGUGUGUAUGCUAGGGUUUGGCACCAGAGGUUAAUAUCCCCGUGUGGACAAGACCUUAGUGCAGCUCUAAAGACCAAACUGUAGAUGUUUCCAUUUAACAGAAGUGUGACUCCCUGUUAGUUCUGUACACCCUGUCCCACCCUCUUCAUGCUGGGCAUUACCAACAGGGCCAGCACUUCCCUGCAGGUGGUGUUGCUAGGGCCAUUGGGGAACUGCAGUACUCAAUGACUAGCUAACACCCUGUGGUCACCUUGCCAAGUCCAAGUGCAGAACCCACCCCAGUUAAGGGCCUGAGCCUGGAUUAUUAGCAGGCAUGAGUGCAGCUCACAUCUCUGCAGAGCUUUUCCUAAAGGAGGAGAGCAGGAUCAGGGUAAAGAGAGUUUGAGGUGAGUCCUGUGUCUUGAUUCCAGUGGCAGAUUGAGUACCACCCUGUGACCCAGCGGUGGGGCAGCGAGCUUGCAGGCCCACAUCUCAUGGGGUUUUCAGAACAUGCCCAAACCCUCUGGAAGCUGGGAACAUUGGGUUGAUACCCAAAUCCCCUUUUCACAGCUUCAUGAACCCAGCAAAGCAUGUGUCUGGCACCAUCAUUGUACCAGUGUGUGAGCGCUCCAGCUUUCAGCAGUGUGUUCUGCCUGUUGGGGAUGGAGUGGCUUGGGGCAGGGCCUGAGACUGGUACAGGGGAGGGAAGACUCUUUAAACUGUAUUUAAUGCUGUAUGUUAAAAGUAUGUCACUUUCCUGUUUCCCUGGAGAUUAUCUCCGGUCACUCCAGCAGUGGAGGCCUGGAAUGCAGAAAUGCUGAUGUGUUUUUUUUCUGCAUGGGAAAGAGAUCUAUUUCCCACAAUCCCUUGAUUUUAUUUCCUGAUGAUUCUGCCAGCGACUGCUGUUCUGUUUGGGAACUUGAUUUGAGAUUGCAACACUGGCUGGCUCAGGGGCUCAAACAGAAGCACACUACUGUGUUGAAGCUGAAUGCUCCGAAAAGGAUUACCAGUUGCAAGAGGGAGGUCAGUGUCUGUGAUAAUUAGACCUACAAAUGGAUUCCCUGGAACAACCUCUUGAAGAUUCCAAGGGUGUUUUAAACCUCGGAUACUGGUGUUUCUGUAGAAUAUGCCUGUGUGUGUGCAUAGAAUGCCCAGCCUGUUGCUUUUGUAGGAUAUGCCUGCUGUUGUCCCUUUCUGAUAUGAUCUGCACCUGCAGGUUUGUUGGGGUGCACCAUGAGUCCUCUUUAGUUUUGUUUCUUUCCAUCUCAGAAACAGGAAGGCUAAAAUUUUCAGAAGUGGCCUCUGAUUUUGGCUGUGCCCAAUCUCAGGUGCUUUGGGCCUGAGGCUUUUGGAAGAGCUGAGCACCCCAAAUUCUAAUUGAAGUGAGUAGUGUUUGGUGCCUCUGAAAAUCUGGCUAAUGACAUCUCAAAGUAGGCACCUAAAAUCAGGCUACUUUUGGAAAUGUUGGUCCUAAGUUUAUAACUCAUAGACCUGGCUGGGAUCCUGACAGCCAAGACUUUGGCUUGGGACCCCAUCAACAAAAGCCAGUGUUUAGACCUAGAAAUUUUGAGUAUUUCCCUUGCAGAGGUCUGAGUAGCUAAGAGAUGGUGGAAAAAACACAGACACAGAAAUAAUUUAGUCUCUCAAAAUGCAGACUUACCCGGACAGAGCUGUGAGGAGCAUCCUGCAGGCUAAGCUGACUGGUAAUUGCGAUGCUCCUAGGAGAUCUGACACUGUCCUCGCCAUUUGGUGUUCCUGUAGUCAGCAGGAAAAGAGUCUCCAUGGUAGGGGAAGAUGAAAAGCAUGAUGUGUGGACCAGUUCUAGUGAUCAGCAAGAACUUAAGUUUUGAGGUGGUGCUUUGACAUGGAUUUCUGCUCCCUUUAACUGCUUUGUUGUGGCCCAUGAUCGAGGGUGCCUGUGGCUUUUCCAAAUAGCUUUUGGGAGCGCUAGUUGCUGAUUACCUAGCUGUGUAUGCAUGCGGAAUCUCUCGCCACACAAUACUCUGCUUCGGGUGCUUUGUUGGAACGGGGACCCAUGGAUGUCCCAGUGUCUGCCCGAAGCCUCGCAGUAGAGGCCACGGGGUUUGGCCCAUCAGGACACAAUUACAAAAUCCAAAGGCAAACGUGAGGCCAUUGGCUCCAAAAACCUCUAUGAGCCAAGAUCUGUAGUCGGAGUCUACUGCUCCUUCAUUCCACCACAGUGACCUUUUGUGGAGCAUGCAGCACUAGGAGUCUGUCAGGCUGCCUUUGCCAUCCAGCUGUGCCUGUGGCUCACCCCACAAGGCCUGUCUACACUGGAGAAAUUGUCUAACCAGUUCGGCUAGACUUUUUUUUUUUUUCUGAAAUAGCUGAGAACUAUUGCAUAGCUCUAGAUUGAAGCAGUUAAGGCAGCCUGACCCAGUUGGAAGGCCAAGUGGUCAAGGCUGUUGCUCUGAUUGGGUUUUAAAACAGAUUUAGCUGUGCCAACUUGAAACCACUUACCAAAUCUGCCCAAUGUAGACAGGCCCUUAAUGCCAGGCUUUGUAAGAUCCUUGCAGUUCAAUGAAUCAUUGAAGGCCAGAAUCCCACGUCAAGUGGAAAAACAAAGCAGAGGUCACAGCAUUACAGUGGCUGAAUGCUUCAGUUUCCAUCAACUGUGGCCACUGCAACAGUCAUUGUAGCUUCCUUGUAUACAGUUCAUCUGCAUGAUGUGCCCUGAGCAAAGGCAUCUUGACCACAGAUUACAGCCUCCUUUGUCAAUUGACUUUUUAGACUAGACGAUAGAAUCAGGUGAGGUUGUUUGUAACUGACCCUAAGGGAAGGGAGUGAGUGUGGUGUAGUGGUUAGAUCACACGAAUGGGAGAUGGGAAUUCUGGAAUCCACCUGGCUCUGCUGCUAACUCAGUGCCUCAGUGAGAUGGGGAAAAUCCUACUUGUCUACCUCGCAGAAAUGGCAAGGCUUAAUCCAUUUGCAUUUGUCUCUUGAGAUCAUCAGCUGGAAGGUACUACAGAAUGCAGCUUAUGGGUAUUAUAAGAAGGGUUGACUGUUCUUCAGAUAUGGAAUGGACAGCACCUUCGGGCCCAAUUAAAUAAUAUGGAUUAAUGUGUCUUGGGGAAACCUGGCCAGAUGCAAUGUGAUAGCCAGAAUGGAGCCAUGCUAAUUUACAUCAGCUGAGGAUCUGGCCUUUACUUUGCAAUUAACAUGCACAAGGCAGAAAUAAUAUUUUAAAAAGAAAUCUGCAAUAUGUAACCACUGCUCCUUCUGGAUGUAUGGGUUGCUUGCAAUAGGUUCUCUAAGUCACCGUAAUGAGACCAGCUGGGAUGUUCCACUCUUGCCUGAUGUUCACUUGUCCUUAGUCUCGUCCAUUCCUAACCAAUCAGAUGUACAGCGUGUGAAAUCUCUUGCAUUCCUGCAACAUUCAGGGAGAGCAGAGCAAACUGUUGCCCACCCUGCAAAUAGUGCUGAUGCUUUUGGGAACCUAAGGCUGUCUAUGGGCUUCUGUAGGAUGUGCGUGCUGUUGUCCCCAAUGGACUUUGUGAGGCGUGUGACACGUUAAACUUGUGUUUUGUUGUUGUGCACUCACCAAACAGGGAGCCGUUGGCUUGAUUGGUUUUUACAGCAGCCCCAUGAGUGCUGGUUAAUAACAAACUGAGACCAUCGUACAUGGCAUGUGAGCAGGAACUGGAAGAGGCACAGAGAAAAUUGGAGAGGGGGGCAGUCAUGGGGCUUGAGUCUGGUGGUGGUAGAAAAGGGUUUUUUUGGAGAGUAGGGGAUGGGGAGUGGCUACAGAAAGGUUCUGAUGAUCAGUGGCACUUGGUACCUGCCAUUCCCAUUAACUCCGCCCAAGGUUGAAGGUUCAGCACUAGAGCUGGUUAGAAUGGGCUUUUUGCCCAUGGAAAAUUUAGACCUUUUUAGGGGAAAAACCAAAAUAUUUUGGUUUGUAAAUGUUGCCAUGAUGCCUCAUGUGAGUCCUAGUUUGAGUGCCUGGUGCUCCCAUUGUCCUGUAGAGACUAGGCGUCUUGGUCACACUGCAUCUCCCAAGAUGCACAGCAGUCUCUCCUCAAGGUGAGGAGAUUUGAGUGCAUCAUAGGAGCCCUGGACCAGGGUACAUCAUGGGAGAUGUAGUAUGGCUGAAGAGCCAGACUCACCGGGGAGAAGGGGGACAUGAGGAAAUCAAACUACAGCUCCAUGGGGCACCAUGGCAGCAUACCCGAACUGAAAUGUUUUCUUCUUUGGAUGAAAUAGUUAGAUUGGAGGGCAUUUAUUUUAUUUUUUACAAAAUGAUUAAAUUUUCCAUGGACACUUAGUGAAAAACUUUGUUUUUGUGGUUUGGGUGGGUUGUGUUGUGUGUGUUUUUUCCAUCAAAAACAAAAACAACUUUUGACCAGCCCUAUUCAGCCUCUCUGAAAAUGAGGCCCAUAGAAGUUGAGGGAGUCCAUGAAAGCUUCUGAUGGAAAGAGGGGAGUAGUGAAUACAAGGGCACUGGGAGAGAGAAGUAAAGUGGGGGGAUUGUGUGGAAGGGACCUGAUGGGGGUUGGCAGAGAGAAUGAGGAGGAAGUAUGUAACGUAGCACAGGGGAGCGGAAACAAGAGGGGAUCUGCAGAAGAGACUCAGCACAGGGAGGAGGAGGACUGGCUAUACUUCAGGUACCAGACAUGGGAGCGGAGGUGUAUAGAAAGGACUAAAAAGACCUGACUGUGAAGAAGCCUUUGCUAUAGCACCCCAGGGUUUGAUCCUGCCAACACUGGGGAGAGGCAAAGCUUGUGUUGACUGGUCCAGGCUUGAGGGUCAGAUGCCCUGUGUUCUUUCCUGCUCCUGGAUGUUUUGCCUUUGGUUUCUGUAGGUGCAGGAGCAGGCCCUUUAUCUUCCAUCAGACAGUACAGUACCCAGUUACCAUACUGACACGAGCUCUGCAGACAAACAGGAACGGAGUGGAGGCCCAAUGCUGUUUCAGUGAGCACAACUUCCACAUGCGGGGGACACCUCUAGGAAGCUCUGCUUUGGUGCUGAUUGAUCCUAGGGACCGGAGCAUGACAGGAAGCAACAAGGGCAGGUACAAAGGCUUUCACCAAAUGGACCCCUCAAAGGAUAAUCUGUCUUCCCCUUGCACGUGUGUGGGGGAAGCAGGCUGGCACAAGAGAAGGGAAUGUUUUCCUGUACAACUUUAGCAUGGGGUGAACUAUGCUAUCAAUGUAGGUUUGUGUGCAGCGAAAGACCUUUUUCCUCGAGUUACUCUUACGCCAUAAUCUACUAUGAAUAUUUUGGGGGUCACUGAUAGGUGGUAUCGCCCACGAGCAAGAGGGUCUGGAUUUCUAUUCAGUGUAUUGCUACCUUACGUGGAUUGUGUAAUCUGUGCUAUGAUUGUUACCUACGCUCAUCCCUGACUGAGCCUGGAGUCCACUGUCGGAAUCCACCUCAUCACAGAAAGGAGCUGUGUGUGUGUGUGUUUGGAUUCACUUUUCUCCCUCCUACAGCUUGAUUCUCCCUGACUCAUACUUUGGUGUGGAAGGGGGCCCGCCCUUCUCCCAUUUUCAUGGCUUUUGGGGACCAUGUUGAGCCUCAGGAGAAGGUGACUAACGUGACACCUGGAAUGAUACCCUGGGCUCCGUGAGCUUUCCACCCUGCAGGCUUGGCCUCCACUAAGGUGACAGUAAAAAAUGAGCUCCAAAGCUGCCUUUGAGGAACGCUGUGGGUAAACAAGGGACUCCAUCCUCCAGAGCUGUCAAACCGGCACCUGGCCCCAGAAGAAUUUACUAAGCCAGGCACAAAAUGCAUUCUGGUUCAGAGUAGAAUUGAUUUCUCUCAGGAACGGGAGCAGACUCCCGUUUCCAUGGAAACAGGACUUCACUCCCUCCUACCCUACUGUAUGUGCCAUGCACUAAGCUCGUUGAGGCAAGCCCAUUUGUUUCCUAAGAAUCAGGGACUGCAACAAAAUGUCCUGUACCUUGUGUGUGCAGUUGUGCCUGAGGGACGGCAGAAGUGCUGCUGCCCUUGGUAUCUGGAGCAAAUAUUUUGAAUGAGGGUGUGCGAAGCAGGCCGGGGAUACUUGGAGUCCUCUCCCCCCACACCCAUGUGCUCCAUUCUCUGACAAGCUGUCCAAGAGUCUGUAUGCUUCUGAUCUGGAGCACAAGCCUCUGGAGAGACACUGCUUCCUCUGGACAGUUCAGUUUGUUUAGAGUCAGCCUGUGGCUGCUCUAGAGUUGCAAUUCUGGAAGGGAAGCAGGGAGUCCUGAGACUAUCAUUUAAAGGCGCAACUGUAUCACAGCCUUUUCUGGAGACUAAUAUCAGUGGGUCUUUAAUUUCUUCAGAGAAGAAAUUUGUUCCCACACAAAUGUGGCCCUGUCACACUCUUCAUUCCUGGAUCCUACAAACACUGGAAAAUGCCCAUUGAUGAAGGUACAAUUAAAGAAAACCACUGUCACACAAAGCCAGUGUUUUGUGUGUCCCUGUUUGUGUGUGGUCACCUUCCCUGAAAAGUGCUAGACAUCCCACCGUUGCUUCGGACAGUUUGGGAGGCAAGGGGUGGUCUGAGCAUUGGCCCAAGAACCAGGAAUUUAACAACUGUAAUCUCAGCUCUGACACUUCCCUCCCUUGGUGAUCUUGGUCAGGUCACUUAAACUUGCUGCCUCCCCUUUUCCAUUGGUAAAAUAGAUCAUUUCUCCUACCUCACAGGAUGUUGAGACUGAAUUAGCUUCUGUUUAGAAAGUACUGCCUACAAGUGCUAAGUGUUGCUGUUCCUAGACUAGACUGAGAAGAGGCAGGCUUGGGAUUUACUAUAGUGGAGGGAUCUGUAAAAAGCUGGAAAAACAUGAUUGUUCUUGACAAAAACUAGACACUCAGCAAAUCAGGAAUAGGCCGGAUGGUCACUUGGGUGCAGGGCACAAAUUGGGAGGCCUCAUUCAAAGCUUGCUGCAGUCCCUGGAGAGACUCCCACCAACGACAAUGGGCUUUGGAUCAAACCCAUGUGGGAGAAAGGAAGGGAUAUUUUCCUUGCUGAAAUAAAGUAAUGACAUGAGCAAAUCCAAGGAGAGGAUGUGCCAGACAAGCGUGCCUUUGGUUAGAAACUUUUCCUUUGGCCCUGCUUGUGCCUGGAAGGUUCUCCUAUCCCUUGCAGUGAUCCAAGCACAGGGCACACAUCCACUUCAUGCACAUUAGAUGCAUCCAAUGAACGGGAGGUGCAAGGGUAUGUGCAAGGGCAGAAUUGGCCGGCUGUGUGCGGUUACAACCUGCAUGCAAGUUUUGUGCAUGUGUCAGGGUUUGCACAGGUCUGCACUGUAUUUACUCUGUGUGUGUGUGUGUGUGUGUGUGUGUGUGUGUUUGUUUGAUGUCUUCUCUUUUUGUUCUAUGAUAUUUCUCCCCCCACCCCCUGCCCCUUGGAAGAGAAAGCUGAACACGUGAUCCUUCCAAAGCCCACUGAAGUCCAUGAGAGUCCUUCCAUUGUCUUGACUGGGCAUUGCACAGCACCAAGGGGACUAGCAGCAUAAAAUCCCCCUUCUGUUUGCAUCACCCGUCUUUCCUCCCCAAAUGUGGCCCUCUAUGUGAUGUCCCAGUUCUUGCAGUGAUGAAGUGAAUGAUCUCUGCUGUACAGUGCACUGUUGGUGUCUGUGGUUUGGUGUCUGAGGUUCUAUCUACUGCUCCUGAGGCAUUAAGGGAGCCAAGCUAUGAAAUCAGGCUUCUUUGUCGUUACCCAAUUUGCUAAUAUUUGCUGUUCUAUGCUAGGUACUUGUCAAGUCUUGGCAUUCCCAAUGCUGGCAUGAUUCCGUGCUGUUCUGAGUGUGCCCUGGGACCUUCUACUAAUGAAACGCUCAUCUUCUCAUUUCCAGUUCUCUUUAUUUUCUUGAUGUAGUUCUUGAGCAGUAGCUCAUCAGAACAUGGAAAAGACCAAUAGAUCCCCGUGUAACCGAUCCCAUUCAGCAACACUAAUCAUGGUUAACAGUGUUUUGACUGACUGGACUAUUUUCUGUGUAGAUUUAUUAUUUAUUUCUUGGUGUUAAAAGGGGGAGACCCACAUUCCAUCCUUUAAAACCCAGCUGGUUCAGUUCCAUGUUCUGUGUAGUAAUGUUUGACCAUUACAUGUGUGUUUAAACUUUUUUGCUGUUCUCUUCAAUGCAUUUGACUGUUGGUGAUUUUUCAAUAACAUCGUAUAACAUUGUAUCCCGUUGCUGUAGGGUCCUGGGCAAUACCUGUACUGUUUAAAAACUGCUGCUUUAAGGGGGGGUAUUUUUUUUUCCUAUUUGAAGAGUUUUUAAAAAUAUUGUAAUUUUUUUGUGUAUUGUCUUGUAAAAUAAAUAUUCUAAAUAUAA